AAAGAUUUUGAGUCAAGUAUUUCAGCAAGAAUUUACAUAUAAUAUUUAAAAUUUGCAGUGAUAGGUUUCUACUUAUCCAAGCGUUGGUAAUUUGGAAAUUUUUUGUUAAAUGGAUCUGGAACGUGAACUGCCCUUCACCGAUGUCUCAAUGGAAAUUGAUGUGCCCGAACCGUGGAGUGAUGUGAGAUCGUCAGACAGCCUGCUUACCCUGAAGCAGAGCGGAAGCCAAGAGACGAUAAGACCAUCCGGGUAUGAGUUAGUUGAUCCAUCCGAUCUUAGCUCGGACGACAUUCACCUGAGUCUUCUAGUAGAGAAAGGUUUAAUUGACAUUAACUCAUUGGACAAGCCCUCGGCCACAGACCUUACAGAGGACUAUCCGAGGCUUUUGUCCAGGUCGGCGGAUCGUGGAGGAAUUGCUGAAAUAGUCAAGGAAAUGCGAAACGAAUUCAUGAAUAAGCUGACCUCUAAGGCUAAGAGCUUUAAGGAAAUCCUGAUAAAGAGAGGCUUGAUGGAACCAAACGGCGAAAAUCCUAUUCUGCAGAAUAAAGAAAAGACCGAAAAUGAAUCUCAGAUUUUAGGGCGUAAAAAAAACGCGGGCAAAUCAAAGAGGACAUCUUUAGGGGAAGGCGACGACAAUCGAAAUGGUGAAAUCGCCCAGCUCAUCAAUGAAAUCAAUCAGUUUACUUCUGGCAUUGACAAUGAUCCGAACACUGCGGACUGGUCUCAUUUCCGGGAAAGCCUGCUGAAAAUACAUAAGUACUAUGUUAGCGUCAAUGAGCCGGAAGAAAAAGACCAUGAACGACCAAUUAGCAAAAUCGACGCUGUCAAAUUUUCAGAACCAUCAUACACCAACGAGCCGUUGGAACACCUCAGCAGUCGGGCCAAGUAUAUCCGUAAAAAUAUCCGAGGUCUCGAAUGCAAGAUGCUAACCCUGGACCACUCCAUUGAUGACUUUAGCGACAAGUUCAAUCGCAGCUUGAAAACCAAAGAGCAAGUGGAGCGGGAAAUGGUGGCUAUCGCACUGGAACGCGAUAAAAUCGGCCGACGCCUUAGCCACAUGGAAGUGGAAUUUCGCAAGGCCAAGGAGAAAAUAUUUCAACGGGGCAGGAACCCAAAACUCCCAAGCAAUUAUCAAUCUUCUUCAAGCAAUAAUCCUAGUUUUGGAUCAUAAUUGUUGUGGUUUAUACAAGCUCACAUCAACAGUUUAUUGAUUAUUACCAGUAAAUCGGGUUAAAAAACCCUUUCAAAGUAAUACUAAUAGUUAUUAUUUAGUUAUGAAACUACAGAAUUGUGCCGUCCAAAUGAGCAUUUGGAAUGUGAAAUUGAUUAGCCGAUAACAUAAGUUUUAUAACCUUACUUGAAUAAUAAAAUUGUAUAUGCCGA